UUUAACUGGAUUUCGAAGAAUGUCCCAGCCUCACAGUCUGCUUUGAUGAUGGGAGCCUCUUGCAGUCCAUCACUGGUACCCCUCACUGCAGCACUGUGAGUGCAGGAUUGAUGCCUUUGCUGGCUUUUUGGUGAUCAGGAUCCAGCAGGACACAUUGGAAUAUUGUAGAAGAGCACCAUCCUGACUGAAGAGUAAAAGAUUUACCCUCUGGUGCAUUAAGUUAUUCUGGAAAACGCCAGGCCAGAGAUGUCCAGGCGAAAGGUGAGGGGACUGACCUGUACAGGUCGGCAGGUCAGUGAGGACCCAGAUCUGGACAACCUGCUCUCCACUCUCUCCCCUGAGGAGAUGGAGGAGCUGGACAAGGACCUGAUGAGUGUUCCAGACAUCAGACCAGAAGACGGGAAGAUCAUCAUCACCCAGGGGGAAAUCCACCCAGCUCUGAGCAAUAACGUCCAGGACUCCACGAAACAAAGCGACCCCAAAGGGAGGCUCGGUCAGAGAGAGCAGUCUUUUGAGGGAGAACAAAAGAAAGAGAGCCGGAAGCAGGAAUACCUGAGGAAGAUGGGCCUCAGCCAGGAAGGCGACGAUGAUACGAAAGGAGUGCGAAGACGGUCUAGUGUGACGACUGACAGAGAUGCAAAGGUGGAGGACAGAAACAGCAAAGUAUCUGAAAGUGUGAGAGAAGAGCGAAGCUGGCGUUCAAGUAGAUACAGCAGGAAGGUCGAAAGUGAUGCAAAGGAGGAUCUGAAUGAGAAAGAGAAAUGUGAGGAAUACAAGUCAAAAGACAGGAGGGAAAACAGAGAAAGCACAGGAAGCAAGACAAAGGAGAUGAUCUCAAAAUUGCAGGAAAAAAAAGAUGAGAGCAAAGAGAAGGAAAAGAGGGAGGACUGCAGGAAAAGGGAUGAUAGUAAAACCAAAGAUAUCAUCUCAAAGCUGCGUGAAAAGAGCGAGAAGGACGUGGGAAAGGAAAGGGAACGAAAAUCCGAGAACUUCCGGACACAAGGGCUCGUCUCGAAAAUGGUUGAGAAACAAGCCAAAGCACCUGAGAGCCAAUCCCAAGAGACUAAAAAAGCAGAAGGGAAAAACAAGCCUGAGGCCAACAAGCUAGCUGACAAAUCUGAGGAGCAGGUAACACAGAACAAGGCAGAAAUCAGAACAGACAGGGAAGAGCUGGUCAAUCACAGUGACCAUGUGAAAGAGAAAUACAGAAAGAUCAGCAUUGAUAUGAAGGCUGAGGAGAAAAAGGAAAAAGAUGACAUUAAAGAAAGACUUAUUGACGCAGAAGAAAAACCAAAACUUGGAAACUGUGUGGCCAAAAACAGCCCAAGCAGCAAGACUAAGCAGGAGGAAGAGGAAGAUGAAGACUCAAGCAUGUUCGAUGAGCUGAUAGAGCAAGUCCGUAGCAACGACCCUUCCCUCACCGAACUCAACGUAAACAACUCAGAGGUCAUCAAGGCAAAAACGCUCAUCGAGUUUGCACAAGGCUUGCACAGCAACACCCAUGUGAAGACGUUUGCGUUGGCCAACUGUCGAGCAGACGACCAUGUGGCUUACGCCAUCGCCGCCAUGCUGCGCAGCAACAAGACCAUCACCAGCAUCAACCUGGACUCCAACCAUCUCACCGGCAAGGGCAUCCUAUCUCUGAUCCAGUCACUGCAGUACAAUGCCACGCUGACAGAGCUUCGAUUUCAGAACCAGCGCCACAUAUGCGGCGGGAAGACUGAGAUGGAGAUGAUCAAGAUCCUGAAGGACAACACCACACUGCUCAAACUGGGCUACCACUUUGAGUUGGCAGGGCCGAGGAUGACCACCACCAACAUCCUGAGUCGCAACAUGGACAGACAGAGACAGAGGCGCCUGCAGGAGCAGAAACAGGCCCAGGCCAACGGUGAGAAAAAAGGGACCCUAGAGGUACCUAAAACAGGAGGUGGAGGGUCUUUGAAGAGUUCACCAAAGUCUUCCCCAAAACCCUCUCCAAUUCCUUCACCCAUGCCUUCCCCUAAGCUGACUCUCAAAAAACGAGCUGGAGGUUCUGCUCCUCCACCACCUCCUCCUCCUCCAGGCGGUGGACCACCUCCUCCUCCACCUCCCAUGAUGGAUGGAGACCGCUCUUCUGGUGGCAAGAACUCAAGGGACCAACUGCUAGCAUCAAUCAGAGGAAGCAACAUCAAGCAGCUAAAGAAGGUGCCAGUACCAAAAUGGCUGCAGUAACACUUCCUGAUGGAAACAUUUAGUGGACAAAAAGAAAGGGAGAACACACAUCUCAUCACAGGAGACAAACAUCCUUGAUGAAGAACGGUGCAUCAGGAAGGAGGGGGAAAUGUGAGCUGUUUGCCCUCUCAGAGAUUUCUCCCCUCAAACACUGGACCAAAGGGACUCUGUGGAGAACAAGUGAUGCAGGUCUCUACAGAGAGUGCCAUGAAAUGUUGCCUUUUCAGUUCAUAUGGAUGCUUUUUUUGCACUAUAUAAUAUGAAGCUGACCAUAUAACAUGUUGGUGUGUGCAGUGGAUAUCACAGGUUUACACAGCCUUAUUAUUAACAUUUCAUCUUCUUGCAGAAAAUAAGAAAACAAUGGGAAAUCAUUUCAAAGUGUUUUCCACUUUUAUUGUGACAUAACCUUUACAAAUAAAAUGAAAUCAAACUUUGGACAGAAUAUGGACCAUGUUUAUAGUUGUUUGUAAAAUACUAAAUAAGUACACACUAAACAAAAACAAUACACAAACAGAACUUCUUUUUUUUAAUUUUCCUGAAUACAAUUCAAGAAAUUAUAAAUUGAGAGCAAAUCAAAACAAAAUCAUUUUUGAGCUGGAGUUGAUAAAUUACAAUACAAACAUUUCCAGAGGGAAUCUAAAACUAAAAUAUUCAUCUUAUCAUGUUACCGAUCCAAUACUUACACUGACUUGGUAUCAAUAUUCUCAAUAUUUUCUAGAGAAAUGUAUCUUUAGAAAUUGAAGCCCAUUUUAUUAACCUCACAGCAUAAUUACUUAAGACAUAUUUUGGCAAAACUGCGAUAUCUGCGAAAAUGCUGUCAUUUAGUGAAUGUACUCCCUAACACAGAUAUAUAUACAUGUCACAUUAAAGGUAGUAAAUAUUUUGAACUGAUCCAUCAUAGUCUCUUUUUUUAAAAUAAAUCCAAUGUAUAUGAAGAGGGCUCUGUAAACUUCUAUUUGAUCCACUGUAUAUGAGUUAAGUUGAGUGAGGUGGGAGCAUGGGAUGAGUUUAGUUUCAAAUAACUAUAAAUGUAUUGCUUAAACAAAAGUUUAUCACUGAUGUACUGAACAUUAAUUUGACCCCUUAUUUAUUAAGACCCACAGCAGUAGGUGUGUUCAACUGGGUGGAAAUAUCAGGGAAUUAACAAACACAGAAACAAACUUCAGCAAAUCUGAGUACCGAAACAAAACCAAACAAAACAAGAUCAUAAACACCUUUUUAUUUUUUGUGUCAUGUCUUUUUUUUAAAAAAACAUCUCAGACAGUCCAGAGAAAUCCUGAAACAUAAUGAGGGAUUUUUACCAUGGAAAUAAUUGGAUAGUGCCAUUUAUAGGUCAGAGUGAAUGGUCCUAUAGUGUAUGAUAUACUGUAUUUUAUAGAGAAUCAUUUGAGCCUGGCUGUUUUGUUAUCUGAAUAAACUUUCUUUUAAUACUGCUUCAUGUCUUAACAUUUUGCUGGUUUAAACUUUAAUCUAAAUAUCAGCCUGAGCAGAACUUGAUACUGUGUGGCGAGCUAAAAUCAGAGCUAUCUGAAGAUAAACACACGCGUCUCCUUACACAUGUGUCUUUAACAGAGCCUGUAUGCCUUUAUUAAAAGAUUCUGGUAUGUUUGUGAGUGAAAAAUUAUGUCUGCCUGAUGUAUGAAAUAAAUAUGAAUGAAUUUUG